AGCUGUCAAAGAAUUUUAGAAAUCAAUAUUUCAAAUAUGGAGACAAAAAUAAAGUUAACUGAAUUGGUAGAAUUUUUAUCUUGUGGAAUUUGCAAUGGAUACCUUAUUGAUGCAACUGCUAUCACUGAGUGUUUACAUACUUUUUGCAAGGGCUGCAUUGUUAAAUAUCUGAAAGGAAAAAAUACUUGCCCAACUUGUGACUUGCUAAUUUCUCAAAGUUGUGCUCUCAACUUUAUCAGGCAAGAUAGAACUAAGCAAGAUCUAGUUUAUAAACUAGUUCCUGGUUUAAAAGAAAGGGAAGCUUUAGAAGAAUCAAAAUUUUAUGCUGAUCUUGGUCUACCAGUGCCAGAAAGAAACAGUCCAGAUAAAGAAAUUUGUGAGACAAGUGAAUGCAAAACUGAAGACACCUUGCCGAAAAGACAGGAACCAAUAGUGCAUGAAGUUCAGAAACAAGAGGAGCAUAUUGCUCUGUGCUUAGAAUAUGAUAGACCUAAAGAUCCAAAACGAAAACUCAAGCCUCUUAAAAGAAAGUAUUUGAAAUGCUCAUCAUAUGCAACCGUUGGUCAUAUCAAAAAGUUUAUAUCAGGGAAGCUAAAUCUAGAAAGUUGUAAAGAGGUUGAUGUUCUUUGUAAUGAUGAAAUUCUCGGUAAAGACCAUACACUUAAGUUUCUAAGUGCAACGAGAUGGAAGUUAAAAACAAAACCGUUAUUGCUACAUUACCGACCGCGGCUUGAUCUGUAUCAAUGACUGAAACUGUUAUAUAUUCAUAGGGAACAAUAGUCUAGAGUAUGCAAUUGUUUUAUCUUGAUAGUUACACUCUAAUCAUUCGUAACCUUGUAUAAUUUUGCACAAAAGGCGCCAUGUAUCAAUUUUAUGCAUUCUUGUAUCAAACAGUAUUGUAAAACGUAAAUUAAUUUGUCGAUUUUUGAAUACUCCUAAUUUAUUUCUUAUAUUUGUUCCCUCCCCAAAAACGGUUUAACAGUAUCUUCACAUGCUCAUCUGACUGUAACAACGGGGACCAUCCAACCGUCAGGGAUGGUCCCAGACCAUCGGGGAUGCUAUGCUCCGGAGAUCAUCGCCGACGAAUAACGUUAUAUGAAAACCAGGCUUUAGAGAGUUAAAGGCAGAGAUAGGCAGACAAACAGAGGCAAAUAGCAGAGUGAACGCGAGACAUAUAGACAGAAGCUAAAAGGUAAAGAUAUUGUACAGCCUUGUUUGUGCUAUGUGUGAGAUAUUAGUGGUUUAGGUUUAUGAGGGCAGCAUAAUAUAAUCGUUUGAAAGAAAAACAUUCGCCUAAUAUCCUUGGAACUUUUUAAGAGUGCUUAUCAAUUGUUAAGUAAACCCCUUAAGAUAGAAUGUCACCUUUAUGUUAAACUAAUCAUCAGUGAACACGAAUCGAAUGAAAUAUGUCUAUCAAUGUAAGUUGUAAAUUAUUUUCGUCGGCAUCCUUCUUUCUAGUAAAACAAAUGUCGUUUUAAUUUUUUAUCAAUGUAAAUACACCGAUUAUGUAUAAAUUUUCUUCAUAUUUUAGCGAAAGGUUGUCCUGGACUAGCUCUCAAAUUUCUCGUAUUUAUUAAAUUCGUUUGUAAUGUGUGGCUUCAGUGUGGUAAAGUAUAUAGAAGUGUAUUGCUAACCUUUUUAACUGUUUUAAAAUUUGAUUAAAGUCUCACCU